UCUCACCCCAAUCGAAUACCCUAUCCUCCACUCACCGUCAAUAUGGCCUACUGGAAAGCCGCUGGUCUGACCUACAACCGCUACCUGGCCGUCGCUGCCCGCGCGGUCCGCAGAUCUCUCAAGGAGAACGCUCGCCUGAAUGCUGAGCGCCGUGGACAGAUGGACCUACGUUUUGCUAAGUGGGAGAACGGCAAGCAGGGUGACGUCCGCGCCCUCGGUGAAGCCAACCAGGAGGCCAUGACCGCUCACGCUGAGAAGUAAUCGGUUUUCGAAAAGACUUGCCUGCGAUAAUAUGAGUUAUUUCCCUCAAGGAGGUUGAAGUGGAUGUGUUGUGCAGGAAUGAUUUGGAGCUCUGUAGCAUAUUCGUCGGUUGACACGGUAUAAAUAGAAGGAAAUGACCAUUUCUUUCCUGCAAA